AUGGCCUCGAGAGAAUGGGGGAAUCCUUUGCUACCAUGGAUGGUGGAGGCUAUGAGAACGCUGGGCUUUGAACUAAUGACGCCCGUGCAGGCUUCUACGAUUCCUUUGUUAGCGGGUAACAAGGACGUCGUUGUUGAAGCCGUUACGGGCUCAGGAAAAACGUUGGCGUUUCUUUUGCCGGCAUUGAUCCGUCUAGGUCGCUUGGAUCCAUUGAAAAUGGGCGACACUAACGUUAUUAUUGUUUCUCCAACCCGUGAACUUGCCAAGCAAACUUUCACUGUUCUAAACAACGUUAUUGAGCUCGCACCAAAUCCAAAGCUCUAUCGCACUCAACUUGUUACCGGCGGCACCAAUAGCGUUGUGGUUGAUGUGAAAAACUUUCUUUCUAAACCCCCGCAUAUUGUCGUUGCUACUCCAGGCCGGCUUUUGGAGCUCUUGACUGCUCAGCAUGUUCGCACCUCAGCCGUCGACUUGUUGGUGCUUGAUGAGGCCGAUCGUUUGCUCGAUCUAGGAGUUGAUCAGACAAUCAACAAAAUUUUGGGGCUCCUACCAAAACAAAAACGAGUCGGUCUUUUCUCGGCUACAAUGAGUGGCUUCAUUCAGGACAUCAUUCGAGUUGGCAUGCGCAAUCCUGUGAAGGUUUCUGUGCAAAGUGCUAAUGCGACGCCUGACCAGCUUAACAUUAACUAUAUUACUGCUUCCCCCACGGAAAAGCUGCCGAAAAUGCUUAAUCUUCUACAAACGAAAAGCUACACCAAGGCUAUUGCAUACUUUCCAACCUGCAUCUCAGUAACCUACUGGUAUCAAGUCUUGAAGUUAUUCCUGAGCGACACCUUACUGUUUUCAAUGCAUGGCCAGCUUGCCCAGGGCCCUCGUAUUAAAACAUUGGACAAGUUCACGGAAUGCAAUGACCGUUGCAUCCUUUUGACUACAGACGUUGCUGCUCGAGGGCUGGAUAUUCCGGAUGUUGAUUUUGUUCUCCAGGUCGAUCCUCCUGCUGAUCCCAAUAUGUUUGUGCAUCGUGCAGGCCGGACCGCCCGGGCAGGCAAGCGUGGCGAAAGUGCCGUGUUUCUGAACGGUGAUCUAGAACAAGGAUAUGUGGAUUUCAUGGAUGUGCGAAAAGUGCCCAUGUCCGAGCUGGACUUGGACACGGGCUCACUAACUUGCGAACAAUACCUUGAUCGCAUUCAGUCUUGGGUUCGUGAGGAUAGAGCAAGGCAUGAUCUAGCCCUGCGCUCAUUCUUGUCCUAUGUGCGUUUCUACAUGAACCACACCGCCAGCUCUAUUUUCAGGGUUGCCUGCCUAGACUUGAUUGAGCUUGGUCGGUCUUUUGGUAUUUUGCGUCUGCCAAGAAUGCCUGAACUCAAAAACAAAGAGAACGUGCCAGAGAAUGGCUGGUUGGUGGAGCCAUUUGAUAUGGACAACUACAAGUAUGCCAAUGAAGCGCAAGAAAAGGCUCGUUUGAAAACUAAAGAAGCCAGCGAGUCGAAAGAAGCUGCUGAAAACCGACGAAAACGAAAAGAACGCAACACAGUCGCCUGGUCUGAUAAAGUUCAGCGAAAAGACGAUGCCGCCAAACGCCGUGACAAGCGCCAAAACCGAGCGAUAGCCGCCAAGAGUAAGCAGCACGACUCUGACUCUGACGACAGCGAUGUGCAACGAGACUGGAAAGAAGAAGUGCAAGCUCGAAAAAGGAAAACUAAUAACAAUUUACCUGUUUUUGACUUGUAA